AUGUCUGCUGCCUUCUACGUAUCGCAUCCAGAUUCAGUGUUGGCCUGGGGCCUGCAUCGUCUUUCUGAUAUGCUUGCUCCGAGGCUGCGCGCCAUGCUGACGCAUGUCUCGGUCGCCAUGCAAGGGCGCUCAGCCAGAGUGCAGCAACAUGAUUAUUACCGCUUCCCACCACUCGGUCAUUGUAUCCAACCACCUGAGUUGAUUCUUGCGAUGGAUGCGACCAGAAAUGUCGAACUGGCGGGGCCUGGCAGCCAUGGGCAAAACAAAGUCGCACAGAUAUCCCAACUGGGAGAGAAACACGAGCAGGAGGGUCUCGAAGCAUCGAGGUACAAGCCGCAAUUGCGUCGUAACCGCUCGGUCUUCACUCUUCUUUUCCAGACAUUAGCCAUUGCGGCGAUCCCCUUUGGAGAAGGAGGGCCUCUCCUCGAUGCCAUCUAUGGCGGUGGCCCAUUGUCCGUCUUCGUCGGCUGGAUCGUCGUUUGCCUCUUAUGCGAGUGUAUCGCCCUCUCGCUUGCUGAGCUCGCGUCUCGAUAUCCCACCUCAGCUGGGCCCUACUACUGGUCCUACCGGGUUGCAGGACGCUCCAAAGCAGCUGUAUCCUUCGUUACCUGUUGGGUCUGGCUGAUUGGCAACUGGACCAUCACUCUAUCGGUCAACUUCGGGUUGGCAUCGAUAGUCUCGGCCUCGAUCUCAAUGUUCCAUCCAGAAUGGACAAUUACUAGCUGGCAACUUCUGCUGAUCUUAUACGCCGUCUUGUUGGGAGCAUUCUUCAUCUGUACAUUCGGUAACCGGUAUCUACCUCAGGUGGACAUGAUCAGCGCAGCCUGGACGGUGCUGACAAUUCUCGUCAUCCUCAUUGCGCUCUCUGUCAAGGCGGGUGCCGGCAGGCAUAGUGCUGCCUACGCAUUGGGUCACUACGACUCCAGCUUGUCGGGAUGGUCGGGCUUCUCCUUCUUCAUCGGGCUUCUCGCGCCUGCAUACACGUUCUGUGCCAUCGGCAUGGUUUCCUCCAUGGCAGAAGAAUGCAACAAGCCAGCCGUGGAGGUACCAUGGGCCCUCAGUCUCUGUGUCCCUGUGGGGGGUAUAGCAGGUCUAUUCUUCGUCCUUCCCAUCUGCUUCACUCUCCCUCCUCUGGAAGAUAUAAUCAAUGCCCCUGUUGGCCAAGCUCUGCCAUAUAUUUUCCAUGUAGUCAUGGACAGUCCCGGCGGCGGCCUUGGCCUCACUGUGCUUGUUUUAGUAGUCAAUUUCUGCGCUAGCAUCAGCAUUACCGUCUGUGCUUCACGAGCCAGUUGGGCGAUCGCUCGAGACGACGCUAUCCCCCUCUCGCGACUAUGGGCGCGUGUACACCCGGGCCUUGGCGUACCUGUCUGGUCCUUGACCUUUGGUACCAUCAUUCAGAUGCUUCUAGGGCUCAUUAACCUUGGCAGCAGCAGCGCCUUCACUGCCUUUGUCUCUGCGGGCGUCAUUGCACUAGCAGCCUCGUACGCCAUUCCCAUUGCACUGAGCCUUCUGAACGGCCGUCGCGAGGUAUCCCAAGCUCCAUGGACCUGCGGUCCCAUCCUUGGGCCAAUCGUCAACGUCAUCGCCUUGUGUUGGAUUGCGUUCGAGUUGGUUAUUUUUAGUAUGCCAACCUCGUUGCCAGCCACUCGCGUUUCCAUGAAUUACGGCUCUGUUGUCGUUGUAGGGUUCAUGGCUAUCUCGGCAUUCUGGUACGCUGUGUAUGCGCGGAAAUCUUUCAAGGGUCCGCUGGCAUCAAUUGAGAUGAUGUGA